AUGGAAGAGGCCCAGAACCUCCAGGCACUGUGCCUCGAGUGCCACCGGAACAAAACGGCCCUGGAGUCCUCGCACGCCACGACACUGGAGUCGCGCUUCAGCCGGCGGGCUUACGAGCAGUACGUGGAAUCGCCUCGACUCCCGCCGCUCGUCUUCAAGCUCAACAGCCACAAGCCGGACCACAUCUGCCACGGUAUAGACGUUGUGCGGUGCCGCAAGAACGGCCUGGCCCAUGCCAAGUUCCCGGCGCCCAUCUUCUGCCCCAAGGACAACGUGGAGCAAGCCCGCGAAGGGCACCUGGCGGACCUGACCUACGUGAGGCUUCGGGAGGACGGGCGUUGGGCGGCGUUCAAGCAGCUCCCCUACGUGGGCCAGGGCUGGUACGCCAAGCCUGCGGUGGCCUACAUGCUGGAAAAGGGCCUUGCGACAUGGAGCGACUUCGUGUACAGCCUGGACGCCACGGCGCACGUGGACCAGGAGUCCGUGGCCCAGGCCCUGCAGAAAAUGGAGGCGGCUUGGCCGGAGGGAGAGGAGCACUACGCGAAGCUGUCGGUGAAUGCCCUCAUCGGGCUGUGGGCACGCAACAUGAACCUCAUCUACACCAUGCGCACCAGCAACCACCAGUUCGACGGGUCCGGGUGCCAGCACCGGGAGCUGUUCCUGGACGCCGCGGGUGGGAUGCACUGGGAUCACAUCUACGUGACCCAGUUGUUGUCCAACCGGAGCUGCCAGCCUGUGCACGACUUCGUGAUCUCCAGAAUCCGGGAUGCACUCGCAACCGUGCCGUCGAGGUACCUGAAGGCCGUCAAAACGGACUGCGUCGUCUUCCAGGACCUGCCCAAAAAGUUCCAGGGCCUUGUGGACAGCCUGGUCCGCGAAAGGCAUCCCGACGGCACGCCCGUGUACCGAUGCGAGGAGGUCAAGGGCCUCGAAGGCCAGUAUCGGAUCCCCCGAAUCGAGGCGGAGUGGAUGUGCAACAUUGACACCUGGAAGGUCGCGGAGGACCCUGUGCUCCACUGCCUCGAGGGCGGGAGCCUGCUGCUGACCGGCUACCCGGGCACCGGGAAGACCCACCUGGCGCGCCAGAUCGUGACCGCCCUCCGGGAAGAAGGGUACAAGGUGAAGAUCAUCACGAAGACCCACUCCUCCGUGCAGAACUUUGGAACGCAGGCGGAAACGGCCGACCACUGGGCGCGGAGCACCGUCCGGAACGGCUACUGCAACAUCGACUGGCUGGUGGUGGAGGAGAUUACGCAGCUCGACACGGGGCUGUGGAACGACAUCGCCUGCGUCUCCAUGAACCGCAAAGUCAAGUUCCUGCUGCUUGGCGACUUCCGCCAGUUCCCCGCCGUCAUGGACAACUUCGCGGGCACCCCGGUGCAGUGGGAGCUCAAGCACUGCCAGCUGCUCCACGACCUCACCGACGGCUGGCACCACGAGCUCACCGAGAACAGGAGGAGCGACCCGGGCAUCUUCGACUUCCUCCGGUGGCUCCGGGUCGACGAGCCCCGGGAGCAGUCCCUCCCGGAAGCGGUCCGGGCGGCCCGGGAAAGGUUUCCGCGGCAAGGCGAGCCCGAUGUCAGCCUGGUCAUCUCCCACGCCCACCGCAUCAGGAUCAAUGCGCGGGACAACCGUCGCCUGGCCCCGCCGGAAGCUGUGACGAUCGAGUACACCGGCACUGGCCCGACGACCACCAACAUGCCGCAGACCACGCGGGUCUGGCCCGGGUUGAAGCUCAUCGGCGUCGGCGGCCGCGUGACCAAAGGCAUCUACGUGCAUGUGGCAGAAGUGGGCCCCGAGAAGAUCGUCUUGGACGGCGGCGACUCCUUCACCCACGCCGCCCUCCUGAAACACACCCGGCUGUGCCACGCCAUCACCUACGCCUCGUGUCAAGGCCUGACGCUCGAGGGGCGGGUCUUCCUGUCCGACACCGAGAGCCCGCACUUCACCCUCAAGCACCUCUAUGUGGGGAGCAGCAGGGCCACCAGCAGCGAGCUCCUGAGCGUCACCAGGGUCCUCCAGCGGCUGCUGGUCAGCGUCCCAGAAGUGGACUCGGGACAAAUCGACCUUGAGCUUGAUGAAGCUGUAGCGGCCGAAGAUUUUAGAGUCGUGGAGGCAUCGCUGGGUCAGCUGGCCCUUGAUGUCCUUCUCGAUCGCCUGCAGGCCUCCGCGCACACCGGGAAGAACUUGCCGCCACACUGGUUGGUCGUAAGCUCACCGAGCUUGAGUACCGUUUUGGGCUCCAUCGCUGCUUCUUUUUUUCACGACAAGAAAAAAAUGCCGGCCACCGUCUCCACCGCGGAGUGCGUGGUGGCCCUGCUGGCGUGCUUGCUGGUCCUGUGGGCCCGUGGCUGGGAGGUAACGAGUCUUGACAACAACCCAAAAGCCAGCCCAACCAUCUGCUCCGACAUCCUGCAAUGGGACUACAAGGCCUUCGAGCCCGGGCACUUCGACGCAGUGUGGGCCUCGCCCUGCUGCACCGAGUUCAGCAUCGCACUCAAGAAGCGCCCCCGCAACCUGCCGCUCGGAGAUGCCCUGGUGCUCAAGACCCUGGAGGUCAUAGACUACCUCAAGGCUCGGUGGUGGGCCAUCGAAAACCCGAGCACCAGGCGCCUCAAAACCCGCCCCUACAUGCAAGGGCUGCACAUGGACCGGGUCACGUACUGCAAGUACAGCUUCCGCUACAAGAAGCCCACGGCCAUCUGGCACAACUUGCCCUGGACCCCCUCCCAGGGGCCCUGCCGCAAGGGCGACCGCUGCGAGGCCUUCCAAGGGGAGCAACUCGCGGGACCAGCUCUACCGCCGGACCCCGUGGUCUGCAAGCCCCCCGCCAACGAAGCCCCGUCGGCUUCCGGGAAGACGGUGCUCCUGGUGAGCAUGAUUUUGGAGCAAUACAGGGGCUGCUUCGAGCGCAUCUACAUCUUCUCGCCCUCGGCGGAGGUCGAUUCCGCCUGGCAGCCUGUCAAGGAUUACAUCCGGGACGAGCUGGGGGUCAACACCGACCGGGAGCAGUGCUGGUGGGAGGACUGGGACGAGGGGGCGCUGCGGAAGAUCAUCGCAGACCAGAAGCGCAUCAUGGGUAGACAUUUCUGCAUAAAUACCUGGGUGUCCACCCAAAAGCUUCGGCUCAUGAGCUCGGCCGUGCGGGUCAAUGUGAUGUUCUACUGCGUCUUCCGGCUGCGGAAUCAGCUCGAGUUGGAUGAGGAACUCUCGGCCAUGCUGCCGAAGGAAACCCUGUACUCGAUGUACCAAGAGGCCACGAGAGAGCCCUACAGCUUCUGGUUCGUCAAUCUGCGAGCUCCCAAGGAAGACAUGUUUUGGGUGCGCUUCGACCGUAAGUUUGUGCUAAAUGGGGACGAUCCUCAGCCAGAUAGUGGGCAAGGCAUCUACGACCCGAGCCGGAACUGGCCCCCGCCGGACAGGUCCCGGCAGGUCUCCGACGAGUCCACCGCCAGCGACUUCUCCGCCCGCCCCGCGCGCUUUUUCAGGCGCAAAAGAAAGCUCAUGACCUCCAUCUACGUGGACUCGCGCCUGCGCACGCAGGGCACAGACAGCAGCUUCUCGUUCGACAUCGGCGAGUCGGUGCACAUCCAGAGCGGGGCCAAGCUGGCCGUCUACAAGGUGCGCAUCGCCGACGCUUUUCUGAGCACCGACCGCGGGACCUUCCUGUACUGGGAGGACGAGGUGGCCGGCACCCUGCACUACGCCGAGCUGCCUGUCGGCGCAUACACGGGGCCGAGGCUUGCGGCGUGGAUCAGCUCCAACUUCGCCGCGGCCACGUACACAGCCGAAACAAAUGAGCUGGACGUCACCUACGACGGCGUGCGCCUGAUCCUGAACGACGCCGAGCUCCGGCAGCGCUUCCCGGGCACGGGCUCCUACCCGCCGGGCGCCUCGCCCAGCAAGCCCCUGAGCAUCAAUCAUCUUUUGGGCCCCAGCUACCUCACGGGCUCCGUGCAGCGCUUCGUCUUCGUCACGAUGAAUCCGUUCUCAGAGCUGUACUUGCGCUGCCCUUCGCUGGCCAACGGGGAAACCACGGUCGGCCCGCUGGGGCACGACAUCUUGUGCAAGAUCGUGGUGUCCAAGGGCGUGGGCCACGUCAUGGACUUCCUGCGCCCACGGCCCUUCGACCUGGACAGCGAGUCUGAUUUUGGUGCCGUGGACCCCGGCCAGGCGCUGCGCAACGACGGGUUGAACCCACCGCCGGCGCCGGGCCUUUUGGGGCGGCUGCCCUCCCAGGCCGCUGCGGGAGCUGCUGCGGGACUGGCGGGCUCUGCUUCUGCCAUUGCGGGGCACGGGCAAGACCUCUACAACGCCGCUCGCAGGGGGCGCAACUGGAUCGACCGCAUCCCGCGCACGCCCGAGGGCCUAGCACCCCCGCCUGACGAGGUGGCCCCUCCGCAAAUCAUCGGCCGGCCCAGCGAAGUGGAGCCGCUGCUGGAGCGAGCGGGCCAGCGGGCGCAGGAGGUGGAGAGGACGGCAGCCCGAGACAUCGAGCAGUUCAUGAGCGAGCAGGUGGCCGAGGCCGAGGCCACGGAAGGUUUCGCUUCCACGGCGGAGGCGGCACUGGGCACCGCUGCGGGCAUGGGAGCGGCAGCAGGAGGUCUGGUAGUGGCCGGCGGGGCGGCCGCACUCGUGGGAACCGCAUGGGCACUGCACGGCGGCAUGGUGGCGGCAGAGCACCUUUUGGGCUGGGGCGGAGGAGGAGGCACGGACACGGACGCUUCGCGCCCUAGCUCCGCGCCAGACAUCCAGACCUUGAAUGGGAUGCAGGAGUUUGGAGCUGAGCAACACUUCCAGCUCCGGGAGCAACGCCCGCGGACGCAGUUUUACCGCAUGGACACUGAGGACGAAUCGGAGCCGCGGGCACAGCCGCCCCCGAGGGUGCAGGCUCGUCCCGCGAGGCCCACGCGUUUCCCCACAGGCCUCAACCCCGCUCCCUUGGCGCAAUCCUCAGGCAGCGAGUCCUCCCGCAGGCCUCGCAUGCAGCGCCAAGCGGCGCCGCCCCCGUCCUUCGAGGCGCUUCGCAGCGCGAGCGAGCCGGAGGCCGCAUGA